AUGGCCGUGAUAGCCAUUGCGGCGCUCUUGAUCUCCACCGCCACGUGGCUCUCUCUGGCGUUCUCCGGCAGUUCUCUGUCGCUCAUGGUGUCCAAGGACAUCUCUAGGUUCUGGUACACAAACCCGACAGGUCACCCGUCGGGGCUCCGAAUCUCCUUAAUAAUUUCCGAGUGCUUCCACUUCCGCCUCCGCCUGCCUAAAGUCCUGUGGUUCGUGCUCACGGACGACGACACCAUCAUCAACGCCGAUAACCUCGUCGCAGUUCUGAGCAAAUACGACGCGUCGGAGAUGGUUUAUGUGGGGAGUCCAUCGGAGAGUCACUCUGCCAAUACGUAUUUCAGUCAUUCCAUGGCUUUUGGCGGUGGGGGUAUUGCGAUUAGCUAUCCUCUGGAGAAAGCUCUCUCUGAAAUUCAAGAUGAGUGUCUGGAGAGGUACCCGAAACUCUAUGGAAGCGAUGAUCGACUACAUGCCUGCAUUACUGAGCUUGGGGUUCCUUUUAACUAA